GUUUCGACAUACUAUACUUAUCAGCACUUCAUUAAGUGCAUACCAACUAUAUAAUAAAUGGUUUAGGUCAAUAACUCGCACAUCAUUUUAAAAUUCUGCCGUAUUAGCUACGAUAACAACCGACAAAAAUGUGGUUGCUGUUGCUCUUUGGAGUACUGUCUCCAGUCAUGGCCCUGGACAACGGACUAGCGCUGAUACCGCCAAUGGGGUGGAUGUCCUGGCUAAGAUUCGGAUGCACAACUGACUGCGUUAAACAUCCUAGAUCUUGCCUGAGUGAAGAGUUAAUAAAACGAACAGCGGACCGAUUGGUGUCCGACGGUUACGUGGAUGCAGGAUAUGAAUACGUCAUUAUUGAUGAUUGCUGGCUCGAGAAGAAGAGGGGAGAAGACGGGAGGAUGGUGCCUGACAGGUCCCGGUUCAAGAGCGGUAUGAAGGCUAUGGCUGAUUAUAUCCACAGCAAAGGUCUAAAGUUCGGCAUGUACCAAGACAUAGGCAACAAGACCUGUCAGGGCUACCCAGGUCUCAAGAACCAUGAGCAGUUGGACGUGGACACCUUCGCUGGAUGGGAGAUUGACUUCCUUAAAGUUGAUGGCUGCUAUGAAAAGCCCGCUGAUAUGGACAAAUCUUAUCCAGACUUCGGCAAGUUAUUGAACCGAACCGGCAGACCUAUUAUGUAUUCAUGUAGUUGGCCUGCUUAUACGGAUUACAAUAAAACUGACUACGCAUCGAUAGCAAAGCACUGUAACAUUUGGAGGAAUUACGACGACAUAGACAACUCGUGGAGUUCUGUGGUCUCUAUAAUGGACUGGUUUGGGGACCGGCCAGAGCUGACGACAUUCGCCGGCCCUGGGCACUACAACGAUCCCGAUAUGCUGGUAAUCGGCAACUCAGGUUUGACCGUAGACCAAGCCAAAGUCCAAAUGGCAGUAUGGUCUAUCCUAGCAGGGCCAAUGCUGUUGAGUACCGAUUUGGACGAAAUGAAGCCGGAAUUCAAAGAGAUUGUCCUCAACAAAGACGUUAUCGCAGUCAGCCAGAGUCGCAGAGGACUGAUGGGAGAGAGAAUACAUCGGCAUGAUGGAUUGGAAGUUUGGCAUCGCGUUGUAGACGACGGUAUCGCUGUAGCGAUAGUGAACAAAAACGACGUGUAUAGAAGAGUGGAGUAUACACAUAGAGAUUUGCAGUUGUCUAACUUCGAUUACGAAGUGACGGACUUAUUUAAAGAGGAAAAGACCAGAAUAUUGCCAAAGAAUCAAAAUUUAACCACAAUGGUUAACCCGACAGGAGUAAAAUUCUAUAAGUUCGUUCAGAAAAUUGUUCUUGAUAAUGAAAUUAGUUCAGCAUGGGACUAAUUGUCAUACAGAAUUAUUUUACACCUACGAGCCUGUAAUCCUUACCGGCGUAGGCAGGGCCACAAGUUGUCGGAAUACAACAAUCGCAGGUAAAUGUAUGAAUACCUACAUAAUAUACU